AUGGGUGGCUCCAUUAUGGACAGUCACGGUUCAAACGGCGAUGCGGCAGGCGGCAACGACUUGCGGAUUGCGAUCCAAGGCCUGCAAGAGAAGAUUGUAACUCUCCAAGAAUCUUUCCGUUGGGAGGUGAAUACGCAGCGGCGUAUCAACGAUGACCUGACGACCCUCAAUGAGAACUUGUACAAGAUGGUCGGUGUCUUGGGCAGUAGGAUCGACACCCUCGAGCGCGGAAAUGCCACGAUCCGUUCCUACAUAAAUGAGAAUCACGGUGACGGAGGCAAGGACAAGGCGGUCGACCGAAAGAGUCUCGUCGUCAACGACAGCGCGGAAUCCCCCAGCAGUGCAGAAACUGCCAAACUGCAGAGCCCAGCACCUGCGCUCUUGCAGAACACUACUAUCAACACGGGAAAAAAGCGAAACUACAUGCUGAACAAGCGGCCUGUCCACGACCUGACCGCCAAGAUGCCUCCUGUCAUGGUCCAAUUUCCAGCAGUCCCCCUCACCGACACGGAAUUGAUAGUGUUCUUUUUCAACUCUGUUUCCCGUCCCAUAGUCGCCCUGAGACUCUCUUCCCGCAACUGGGGACCUUCAGAUGUUACUGACGUGCUCAACGAGCACCGCCAUAUCACUCCCCCCUACCUCCGGAACACUUGUUGUGCGAAGUCCAGGGCCGCUAUCCGGCGGGGCAAGGACAUGUACGGCGACGUCUGGGAGAAAGAUAACUGCGAGUACUUCGCCAGCGCGGACGACGCAGCUGCAACAGAUGCUAUUCGUCUCUCGGGUGGCGAGCUCGAUCACGAAGUUGCAUGCGACGUGGACGGCCUCCUUAUUGACCUCAAGAAGUAUCCGGAAGGACACGGCGCAGGAAUCUUCACGCAGAGCGUCAAGUGGUGCGCGGAGAGGGACGUCAACAUGAACGUCCAUCUGCUCUGCAAAGUUGCCGCCGCCAUCAAGAACGAUACCGAUCCGUACGAGGCACUGUUCCCUCAGGGACAUGCCUAG